UAAUCAAUUGAAGCCUCGUUGUGGUACCAGUUGUGCAUUAAACUGUGGACGCUUCAGCUAUCGGAUCUAUUAUUUAUUUCAUCAAUAAUGUCUGAUUCUCACUUUCCAUCAAGACCAACGUAUGUUUUCUCAACAGGAUAGAUAUUUGGGCCAACACAUGGACACGUUAAAGCAUGGAAGACCAAAUGCGGGCUUAGUUUCUGCCGAAGAAGCUGAGAAAUACCAGAUGGUGCACAUAGGUUUUGGUGUGUACAUCCAUUCUGACCAAUAUUUUGAGGUAAUUCGUAAGAAGACUGAUGGUCAAGCUAUGGUACGAAUUUUGAUGAAUUUCUUGUUCAGCAAGGACCAGAUGAAAAGUGGGACUUUGUCUGUACGAGGAUGUGGAAGGUUGUUAAACCCUUUGCUUACGAAAGCUAUUAUCUUGUGGGUUCAGAAGAACCAAGAAGGUAAUUGUUCCCCAGUGACUCUGCGACAAGCUAUGUACAGAAAACUUUCAUAUCAUAAAUGGAGAGCGAAGAAAGAGCAUGUGAUGCAAGCAUUUUCUCUGAAGAGCGAUCCAAGCAUUACUACAAUCAUCAAAGAAGAAAGUGAUGAGAACAACUUUGUUGAGCCACCAGUGUCUGUAACUUCUGCGUCUGUGAACUCGUUGUCGUUGUUGGGUAGCUUCAGCAGUACGGCUGUACCUUCCAACAGCUCUGUAACAAACACCAAUAUUAUUUCUGCAAACACCAACCAAAACGAUGUCAACAUACCGAAUAUCGCGGCCAUCAAACAACAAAUUCAUCAGUUAAACCAACAAGAUACCAUUAACCGGAUUACGUUGCACCAGCAACAAUCUGCACAGACAUUGUUACCGUUUGAACUGUUACCUCAGAAUAACGAGGGUUCAACGUCACUUCUGACCAGUGCCAAUGCCACUGAUUCAACUAGUAUAUUGACUCCUUUAGAACUGAUUGCCAAAGAGAAAGGUGGAAUCACGGUGAAUAUGGACUGCCUCAACACGUUGUUGUCGUUUGUGUGCUGUCCGACGUGUCAUUCGCCUGUCAAUCACAAAGAAACUAUUCAGGGUUUUAAAACUGGAAUUCUCUAUUCUUUGCAGUUAUUCUGCAUAAAUGGACACCUUAUUGGAAACCCUUCAUAAUACUUGUGACACAAAUCACAAGACCACUUCCCUAACAAAAAAUUCAAAGACACUGAAAGAAAAAAAGAAAAUCUAUUUUUUUUCUUUUGAAAUUUUUAAUUAUUUUGUUGAUAUUCUAUAGACGUUUUUGACAAAGUUAUGAUGAUGUCUAUUUUUAUCCAGAAUUCUGAUAUCUUGAAAGAAAAAAAAAAUCUCUCAAAAUUUCUUAUGUCACAAUGGAUUUUUAAAGGUUUUUUUUUUAAACGUUUCCUUUAUGGGCAGGUCCCUUUCAGAUGUUUAUGUGAAUAUCAGCUACAUUACUCAUUAACUAUAGUAAUUAAUAAUGGCUUUUCUCAUUUGCAACAUUUAGACUAAAUGUUUCCUCCUGUGUAACCAGUAGAGAAAGACUUGCACGUGUGUGUGUGUGUGUGUGUGUGUGUGUGUGUAUAUAAAACCAACACAUGGGGCUCUUGGGCCUUGGGUCACCCUGUUGCUUCUGCUAAAUAUAUAUAUAUAUAUAUAUAUAUAUAUAUGUGUGUGUGUGUGUCUAAUGUAUAUAAACUUUAUAUAAACAUGCAUAUAUAUUAUACAUAUCAUUUUACUUACACACGCACGCGCACGCACACACACACACACACUCUCUCAUUCUCUCUCUCUUUCUCUCUCUCUCUUUCUCUCUCUCUCUCUCUCUCUCUCUCUCUCUCUCUCUCUCUCUCUCUCUCUCUCUCUCU